UCCCCCUCCUGCUCCAGCUCCGGUAUGUCUCUCCGGUAGCCGGAGCUGGAGCACCGCAGUGCCCGGGACGGACCGAGGAGGAGCGGACGGAUACGGAGGAUGGCUGCGGGGGUUUAGGGGCACCGGAGAGGAGACCGGAGAGGAGACCGGGGAGGAGACCGGAGAGGAGACCGACAGCCAGCCCGCCUCCCGGUGUUCUGUUUCUGGACUACCGACGCACGACUCCGGUGUCGCGAUGAGCUCGUGCAGCAGCAGGGCCCUCACCAUCCUGUCCACGGUGUUCGGGGCCUGUGGGCUACUGCUGGUGGGCGUGGCCGUGUCCACAGACUACUGGCUCAUCAUGGUGGAGGGCGUCAUCCUGCAGCAGAACCAGAGCAUGGAGGUGAAGAUGGCGCUGCACUCGGGCCUGUGGAGGGUCUGCUUCGUGGCCGGAUCAGAAAACGGGAAAUGUGUGGCGUCAGAAUACUUCACCGAGCCCGAUAUUGAGAUCACGACGGAAAACACAGCGAACAUCCUGAAGAUGGUUCGGACCGCCACGCCCUUCCCCAUGGUGUCGCUGCUCUUCGUCUUCACCGCCUUCGUCAUCAGUAACAUCGGACACAUCCGUCCCCAGAGGACCAUCCUGGCCUUCGUCUCCGGCAUCUUCUUCAUCCUCUCAGGCCUCAGUCUGGUGGUGGGUCUGGUGCUCUACAUCUCCAGCAUCAACGACGAGGUGAUGAACCGACCCAGAGAACCCGAGCAGUUCUUCAACUACCACUACGGCUGGUCCUUCGCCUUCGCCGCCUCCUCCUUCCUGCUCAAAGAGGGUGCAGGUGUGAUGUCCGUCUACCUGUUCAUGAAGCGCUACGCUGAGGAGGAGAUGUACCGCCCCCACCCGGCCCUCUACCGCCCCCGCCUGUCCGAGAGCAGCGACUACAGCGGCCAGUUCCUCCACCCGGAGUCCUCCUGGCCUCCGCCCAAACGGCCCCGCAGCGCCUCCUCCGCCUCCAGCGACGUCUCCAUCCAGCUCACCCAGACGCCUCCGCCCAAACCCAGCCUCCAGCCGCUGCAGACCAGCCCGCCCUCCGCCUCCUCCUCCACCAGCUACCAGGCUGGGUACCCCCCCUCCACCCACACCCUGCCCCGGGCCCCACACCCCCAGGGCCCCCACCCCCAGGGCCCCCACCCCCAGGGCCCCCACCCCCAGGGCCAGGCGCUGCCCCUCACCAGGCCUCCAUCACCCACACCUCCACCUCACUACCACACUCACAUGCACAUGAGCGCCUCCCCCUGCUAGGAGGGAGCAGAUGGAGAAGGAUGGAGGAGGAUGGACUUCUGGAGGAGACUGAACAUCUGGAGAUGGAGGAGAACAUCUGGAGGAGGAGAGUGAUCAUCUGGAGGAGACUGAACAUCUGGAGGGGGAGGAGGUGGAGGAGGUGGAGGAGGAUGGACUUCUGGAGUCCACCUCCAGAUGUUCAGUCUCCUCCUCUCCCUAUUAGGAGACAUCAGAUGGAGACUGAACAUCUGGAGCUGCUGGAGCUGCUGGAGAUGGAUCCACUGUGGAGAUGUUGGAGGUUUGAAGGGAAGCGAUCACACCAACUGCUGGUAGUUGUUUUUUUGUUUUUUUUUUUAAUAUUUUUAAUCCGAACGGUAAAAACGUUGAAUCUUCUCUCGUCUUUUCUGACUUUUCUGCAUCAUCAGUCCAGGUAGAAUUAUCAACACAAAUGACUCAGACAUGAAUAAAUGUGAAUAUCAGGAGGAGGACAGGAGCUGCUGAAGGUCUGUGACUCCAGGUCUGGAGCUGUGAACUGGAGGAGUGACGCCCUCUAGUGGUCCUGGACUGAACUCAGACAGGAUUAAAGACUGUUUAGAGACGAUUUAAAGCUUUUAGCUGCUGGUUUAUCUGAUCGUUCAGCAUUAAAAUAAUAACUACAGGCUGCUUUCUGAUUUUAGUUUAUUCUAACGUUUCUUAGAGCCGAAGGAUUUAACCCUGAAAGACCCAAAUACUGAAAAAUAAUCAGCAAAAUGUAAGAAAAGGAAUCAAUUUUUUUUAAAAAUAACUAUGAUGAUAGUGCACACACACACACACACACACACACACACACACACACACACACACACACACACACACACACACACACACACACACACACACACACACACACAUAUAUAGUUUUCUAUAUUUUAUACAUAGAGGAAACAAGCAAUAAAUACAUAAAAAAUAUUUGAAAAAGCUGAUGUGUUUUUGGGUUUUCCAGGGUUCAGGAGAAUCUAGAGAUGCUUCACAUCAACACCUGCUUGAAUUAAAUCAAACUGAAUUAUUUAAGUCUCAUUUUUUAAAAUAAUCUGUUGUUAUUUGGUGCCUAGUUUUAGUCUACAAAUGUUUUUUUCUUAAUUAUCUGAGAAAAAAUAGAUAAAAACUAUAAUAUUGAAGUUUUUCAAAGGUUUAGAGCCGCAAACAAAAGAUUAUUUUGAUUAUUUUGAAGAUUACAUGUCUGUUAUUAUUUUUACCAAAUCCCAACAUUCAAAUGUUUCUGUUUCUGAAUAAUUUGGAAAAAACUGAAAAAAAUAUUAUAUUGAUCCGUUUCAGUGUCUUUAGAGCUGUAAACAACAAUAAAUGUUCAGUUUUCUGUCAGAUCAGACAAAGAAAAGCACAAAAUGAUCUCAUUUUAGAUUCCAGAACCAAAAGAAAAAUGUUUAAAAGUCCUUUAUUAUUUGUUCUAAAGCAAUUUAAACCCCAAAAUAUUCAGUUUGCUGUCAGAAAAGACAAAACAAUACAGUUUUAAAAAUCUUUAAAUAUCUGUUAUAAUUCUUUCAAUUUUAAAUAUUUGUUUCUGAAUAAUUUUGAAAAAACUGCAAAAAGAUAUAAUAUUUAUAUUUUCCAGACUCUAAUAAUAAAAAAUAAAUCUUUUUCUUUUUCCAGAGGAGAAUAAAACCCCAAAAUAUUCACUUUGCUGCCAGAUGACAAAAGAAGCACAAAAUUAUUUCCUUUUAAAUGCCAGAACAAAAACCAAUAAUUUUAAAAGUCCUUUAUUAUUUUUACAAAUGUUCAGUUUUCUCUCCAAAGAAAAGCAGAAAAACCCUCUCAGUUUAGAAUUUUUCCUUUAAAUGUUUCUCAUUCUGGAUUAUCUGGAAAAUAAAAAGCGGGAUUAUUUCAGCUGCCGACUGAUCUGUGAGUCGACGAAACGUGAAAAAAUCUGUAAAAAACCCACAAAUAUUCAGUUUAUGAUCCAAAGUAAAGCACAAAAUCCUCCAGUUUUAGAAACCAGAAGCAAAAAAAUGUCAGUUUUCUAUCAGAUGAAACAAAAUAAAGCAGAAAAUCAUGUAUAUUUAGAAGUCAGAACCAGAAAACAGUUUGAAAUUUAGUUUGAAAAAUGACAAAAAAUUGAUUUAAAAAUGCAUUUCCUGUUAAUAAAUUGAUCAAUUUUCUGACUCCAUGCUAUAAAAUGGUGAAAAAAUCUGUUGUUUUUCUGUCAAAGUAGAUUGAAACCAAAAAAUUAUUUAGUUUAUUCUCUAAAGUAAAGCACAAAAUCCUCCAGUUUUAGAAGCCAGAAGCAAAAAAUGAUGUAUUUCAACCUAAAACAUGUCACUUUUCUAUCAAAUCAGAAAAAAUCAAUCAUAAAAUCAUCUUUUUAGAAAGGCAGAACACAAAAAUCUAUGUUUAUGUUUAAAAAAAAUGUAGUUUUAAAGGCCCAAACAUUCAAAGAAAAGUGUGAAAUCCUUUCAAGAAAAUAGAAGUUUAGUUUGAAAAAUGACUGAAGAUGAUUCAAACUGGUGCAGAUGAAUUUCCUGUUGAUAAAUUGAUCCGUUUUCUGUUUUUCCUUCAGGUAAAAUGUGUUUUUUGACGUCUUUUAAGUGCAUUUUAACCACAUCGGAGGUUGUUUUGUACGUUUUCAGAGCUGAUAUUUCAGAAACAGGAUUUAUUUUCAUUUAAACUCUGCUUUAUUUUCUGUUUUAAGGCUCCUAAAUGUUUGUUUUUAUCGUCUAAACUGGAACAGCAGAGUUUUCUAGUUUGUUGGCCGUUUUUCUUCCUCUUGUUCCGGUUUAAAAUCAGUGGACCUUCACAGAAAAACUCACCAGAACCCUCUCUGGAGCUUCUUCACCUUUCUUUGUCUCUUUAAAUGAGCUGCAGGAAGUUUGUUUCUGGUUUCAUCUGUAGGAAUCUGAACGUUAAUAAACCUCCAGCGUGGCUCAGA